GGCUUUAAAAGGAGGCAGCGCAGCAUGUUUCAGACACAAUCAUCUCACUCACUGAAACCUAACACAAAAGGCCGAUAGACUCGCGCUAUACAUCACUUAAAAUGGAAUUUUUCUAUGGAUUACUUCAGAAGCGUGCAUCCAACAUGUCCAGCUCGUGGAUCAGCUUGGCUUUUAUUUUCUCAAUGCUUUGCAUGCAAGUCGAUUCCUGGUCCUACUUCUUCUCUAACAACACGAUGGACUGGGAGCAAGCCCGAGCGUGGUGCCAGGAGAACUACACCGACAUGGUGGCCAUCCAAAACCAGGAUGAGAUUGCCCAUCUCAACGGGUGGUUGCCCAGAAAGCCCACCUACUACUGGAUCGGCAUCCGGAAGAUCAACGGCACCUGGACCUGGGUGGGCACCAACAAGACCCUCACGGCCGAGGCCACCAACUGGGCGCAGGGCGAGCCCAACAAUGGCAUAGGCGGCAAGAUCCUCGGCGAGAGCGAGGAUUGCGUGGAGAUGUACAUCAAGAGGGAUUCGCAGCCCGGGAAGUGGAACGACGAAAGGUGCAGGAAGAAGAAAACGGCUCUGUGCUACACUGCUGCUUGCCAAAAAGACUCCUGCAUCCACGGAGAAUGUGUGGAAACCAUAAACAGCCACCAGUGCCAGUGCUUCGAAGGUUUCUAUGGAGACAAGUGCGAGCAUGUGGUUCAGUGCAACAAAAGCGAGCUGACCCUCCCUCCCAAAGCCAGCAUGGUCUGCACUGACAAGUAUGGCAACUACACUUUUGACUCGCUGUGUCACUACUCCUGCGAGGAAGGUUACAAACUCAGCAGGCCGGAACCCUUAAGGUGCACCGCCACCAAAAACUGGUCACAUCCACCUCCAACAUGUGAAGCCGUCCAAUGUCCGGCUCUUCUCCACUUGGAUAACGGCACAGUCAGCUGUGGAGAUGAUCCAGAUACAAGGUUCAGUUACGGGAAGAGCUGCACAUUCAGCUGCAACCUCGGUUAUCGGAUGGAAGGGCCGGCAAGUCUGACGUGCACGUCGGCUGCAAGGUGGAGCGACAUGAUGCCGCGCUGUGAAGCAAUCACAUGCCCUGCCCCCGAAGUUCCCAAAAGCGGCCACAUGAACUGCAGCCCAUCCCUCUCCCCAUCCUGGACCCCCUACCCUCACGACACAGUCUGCACGUUCAGCUGCCAUGAAGGCCACGAGCUCCAAGGUGCAGUCAGCAUGGCGUGCACCCACUUGGGCGAGUGGAACGUCCAACCUCCAACAUGCACAGAGGUCACGUCCGAGUUGGGGGCCAUUACGGCUGGUGCAGCGGUAGGUGGCGCCGUGUGCUUGUCUACUCUAUCUCUGGUCAUGUGGCUCCUCAGACGGAUGAGGAAGAAGGCAACUAAGUUUGAGCUGAACAGCAACUCCGACAUUGAAGACCCUCCUCAGGUGUACAAAAACAGCAUUGACAGCCUCAUAUAGGGCUGUGACAUCACCACCAUGAGAUCAUUUGA